AUGCUGUUCCUAGUUGAUGCACAGUUCACUCCAGCUGAAUGUGCUCGCGAUCGUACCAAGCUCUGGAAGCAGCAGUCCGUCAUUGGGGACAUGGUUUUUGGAGCUGAUUGCUACUGCAGACCUGGAUACCGUCAGAAUCCGGCUGUGGCUGCUGCAGCGCUAACCGCGCGGGAUAUUGAACUCUACAGACUUCGUCGACACCCCCUGCAAAACUACUUAGCAUGCUCUUACGAUCACACGAAGGAUUGGCGCCCAGAAGUGUUUAUCGGCGACAUGAUACUGGGGCCAGAAUGUGUUUGCCGCCCGGGCUAUCAUUUCAACCUAGCGGACUACAAUUUGCCGUGCACCCGGAACCAAGAU